AGAUGGUCAUGGAUGGGAAGCCUGAUCGAUCGGCCGAGUUCGUUCGUGAGGUUUCACAUGGAAACGAAGGGGGUUUUGGGAAUAAGUAUGGCAGAAGGACAGAGGACGAGUUGGUGCUUUGGGGGUGGGAAGGUGAUGGAACUGGGGAAAGCGGAGAAGAAGGAUUAGUUUUGAGUUGUGCAAAAGACAGCGGGAGGAAAAGAAGAAGAAGUAGUGGUGGGGUUGGGAUAACGAAUCAUCAAUAUUUUUUGGAGCGGAAAGGGGGAAAGAGAACCUUCCGUCCUAAAAUUCGACGGGCGUUGACCGGAUGAUUCGACGGUACCUUAUCUAAUGCUACUUACAGAUUCUGAUGAAUGACUUGCGGAAUUCAAACACAAACAUCAAUUACC